CCUUACAUUCUUGUGCGUCACGUAUAGGUCCCAAUUAGCGAGCGUCUCUCUUAUCGUCGGAUUGCAUAUUGGGUACAUUACUUGUGCACUGUAGGUGACACCUGCCAUAUCGCAAUGCUCGCAUCCUCCAAAUUGGCUGCGGCGGUGCCGAUCGGCACCAGCGCUCGCACCUCAGCCGCCCUGCCAGCCCCUCUGCCGUCGACUUGCUCAGGCCGCGCCUCGUUGCUGCGGCCAGCGUGCCCCGGCCUAGGCCUGAGCGGGUCCACACCGAGCGGCUGCAGCCGCCAUGGCGUGAUUACGCGGGUGAUGCGGUCCACGUCCAGCAACCCCGCCUUCACCUUUGGCAAGGUGGAGGAGGCGGUGGGUGAGAGCUACGGGCGCUCGGGCCCGCCCAUGAGUGUGGAUGGGGCGGUGCAGAAGACGUCGCUCAUGCUGGCGGUGACCAUGGCGUGCGCCGCCGCCACAUGGACGCAGAUCCUGACCGGCAAUGUGGCGCUACUGGCGGCUAGCAAGGGCGCGGGCCUGGUGGCGGCUCUGGCGGCGCUGGUGACCAUGUUCAAGCCGCAGUGGGCCGCGGCGACUGGUCUGGUGUUCAGCGCCUCACAGGGCGUGGCCAUGGCGGGGUACAGCCUCAUGCUGGAGAUGGUGUACCCGGGCAUUGUGAUGAACGCGCUGAUGCUCACGUUCGGCACCUCGGCAUCCAUGCUCAUCGCGUACCAGACACGCAUUAUCAAGGUGACGGACAAGUUCCGUGACGGCGUCAUCAUGGUCAGCGGCGCAUACUUCAUCACGAUGCUGUUCACGUGGGUCCUGUCCAUGUUCGGCGUGCGCAUGCCGGCACUGCUGUCCAGCGGGCCCAUCGGCAUGGGCAUUGGCCUGGUGGCGGCGGGACUGGCGGCGGCCAACCUGCUACUUGACUUUGACAUGAUCAAGUCAGCCGCGCGCGCCCGCAUGCCUGCCUGGUUCGAGUGGUACUCAGGCUUCAGCCUGAUGAUGACCCUAGUGUGGAUGUACACAACCAUCCUCCGCCUGCUCACGAUGUUCGCGGGCGGCCGCGAUGACUGAGUGAUUUGUGGGGAGUUGGCAGCGCCAGUGAUGUGCCAUGGCGUGGUGUGCGCCUGUCCACGGGGUCUGAUGGCGUGCUGUGCAGAACGGCCGAGUGGCAAGCGGUGGCUAGAGCCUGGUAGGCUAAGGAUGCAUGCGGGUGCUUGCGCAGGUGUGGAUGCCCAUGAGGAUGAAGAGAGGAAGAGUGCGUUUUGAUCAGUGCGUGUGUCUGUAGCAUGUCACAGCCAGGCGGACGUGACAAGAGGCGUGGAGCGUGCGAGUUGUGCCAGAUUGCGGCGUGUGCUGUCUGAAGAAUUGCAACAUUUCGUACGCCACGUGAAGAGUUUCGAACAGUAAAGAACUUUGUUUUGUCAGCGGGCGUGGCCUUUGAUGGCGGUGAUGUGUCCCGGGCUGCAGGAAGUGUCGCGCGUUGUGAGGGUGUGUGAGCUUGACGCUGGGGACUGGCAAUCAACAGGAGGUGAGGGAAAUCCCUUGGGGGAUCCCUGGACACCGCGACGGGAAGUCAGAGACAGUUGGACCAGCUGCUUGGCAGGAAGUGAGGAGGUGGAUGUCAUCAAUUUCUGAGUUGGACAGGCCCCUGCUGCCUGUACAGUUGUGACAGUUGACAAAGUGCGGUAAACGCAGAAAGGCCUCUCCCGU